UGGCAUGAGUGGUGGGGAAUGGUGGCCGAGAAGGCUCAGUUCUGUGAGUGUUGCUGCUCUUCCCGGCCGGAUAGUGUCAUCUUAAGGGCAGAAUUGCUGGGAAGAGGUGCGGGGGCGCAGGUGUUUCGGGACGAGCGUCGUAGCCGGGAUCUCACGGGGGCCAGAAGACGGUGGUUGCCUUGUGCCGGCGGGGGUCUGUAUGCCGCCUACUUUCCCGUCCGGUCCUAAUCUCACCGUUGCUUGCAAGUCAAGCAGUUGGAGCCGUUAAUCAUCUUCUGGUAGUGGGGAGAUCCUUCGAAGGGCUAAUCCUGCAGUCCUCCUUACAGUUGCCUGAGGUUAAUUUUGGAACAGAAUAUGGCUGUUAUGGUACAUCCAAGGAUUCAUAGCAUAGAUUUUCUCUGCUGUAUUAUCCUUGCUACCUCCAUUAUCUCUUUAGCAGAGGAUCACAUGGAUGGAAACCAUCACCCUAACGUGCGUCUUGAUAAGAACAUGGUACAAGACAAAGACCACAUCAUGGAACAUUUAGAUGGUGUCGUUGACAAACCAGAAGCUGAGAUGUCACCACAAGAAUUGCAGCUUCAUUAUUUCAAAAUGCAUGAUUACGAUGGUAACAACUUGCUUGAUGGUCUUGAACUUGCCACUGCAAUAUCACAUGUACACAGACAGGGUGAUGGCGAACACGUUCAGACAAUAAAAGAAGAUGAACUAAUUAACUUGAUAGAUGGUGUUUUGCGCGAUGAUGAUAAGAAUAAUGAUGGAUAUAUUGACUAUGCUGAAUUUGCCAAGUCAAUGGAAUAAGAACUAUCUUCAGUUUUCAUGUGCCCAGUUCAAUGUGAUUCUUAUUAUAAAUUAGUAGGUGUGUUCUGCCUUUGAGCUGCGAAGUUAAUAGUAGGCUGGUACAUGUCGCCAUUGGAAUGGCUAUACUUGUAUGUGUUACAUAUUGGGAAGUAAAAAUAAUGGAAUGUAAUGGAAACUGUUGUCUGCUGUGAUAUGGAUAACAAACCCACAUUGAGCAAUAUAAUGCUUUGCCCUUGUCAGCAGAUUAUUUGGCAGUCGUCAGCCAUUUGCCUUAUAAGGCAAAACCUAUACUUUAAUCAAUAUUUAUAUGUGUGUUUUUUUCACUCUCCCUACAGACUUAAGUAGAUAGGAAACCAGAAAAAGUUACCAUUCUUUGAGUAUAUGUAGAAGAUAAUAAAAAAGUGAAGUACUAAGUGAAAUAUUCAUUAAAAUCAUUGUGAACAUAAAUGUGUGUCUCGGUGGUCUUCCCUUGUAUCAGUAUUUGUUUGCAUUUUAAUCUACCCAUUUGGGUAUAUUUGUUAACGGUAUUUCUGAAAAUGUAGAUUAAAUGCCAGUGUUCACCUGUAUCCUUUACCAAAACCUGUACCAAUACUAGCUAACUAAAUUUUUGUAACCGUAAGGGGAAAAAGCUGCCUUGUUAAGAUUUCUACCCGUGUACCUUAACACCAAUUCUUAGUGUUAAGUAUGAAUGAUUAUUUUGUCUUAAAAUUAACUCUUUGAAGAGAGUAGUUAAAUACUUGAAUGGUUUACUUAUUUAAAAAGAUUCUGGAGCUUUCAGCAAUCUUUGGUCCUAUACCAUUCCGUAAUACCCUGUAGAUUUAAAAUAAUGUAACUCUCUAUAUAUCUGCCUCAUUUUAUAAAUUUAAUUGGUUAAAUAAUAUGUACAUUCCAAACUGUUGUAUUUCACAAGAUGAAAACUCAUAGGGCAUUCUCGAAAUUGUAUAGAGAUCUAUUUUCUGUAAAGAAAUAUUCUUAUAUUCUGUAAUAAUUGCAUUUUGUUAAUUAUGUAAUAAAAUCUAUCAUAUGAUUGCAACAUCUAAA